CACACGUUCCCUUUAACUUCAAAUGUGGCUUCUCUUGGUUAUAGCCGAGAUACCCCCUCUUCAUGCACUGCCUGACACCGCCUUUUCUCUGGUGGUUUGGACUAGCAAGGACUUGGGGCUUGAAGAAUGAUCAUAGCAGGAGCAGCAGUGAGCAAGAUGGACCUGUUUCCAACUCUAUUGAAUGCUAUGCUUGCACUCAAGUUGGAGUUCCAGUUUUCCAUUCCACCAGCUGUGACAGUGUCCACCAACCUCGAUGGGAAGCUUUUGCCGGGUCAUCAUUGUUCCCUGUUCAGGCGUCAUUGGACCCAAAUAAGAAUUCGACCAGGCCCCGGUCGAGGUACACCUCAGGGCCGUUUGGGAAAAUCCUGGACCCUCGUAGUGCAUUAGUUCAAAGGUGGAACCGGGUUCUCUUGGUGGCACGUGGUAUUGCCUUGGCUGUUGAUCCUAUGUUCUUUUACACAUUGACUUUGAUCGUGAGCGAGGGCGGGCCGCCUUGUAUAUACUUGGAUGGCGGGUUAGCGGCGAUCGUGACCGUCGUACGCACGUGCGUUGAUGCGGUGCACUUGUGGCACUUAUGGCUUCAGUUCAGGCUGGCAUACGUGUCAAAGGAGUCAUUGGUGGUCGGGUGCGGGAAACUCGUGUGGGAUGCACAUGCCAUUGCCUCACACUAUGUGAGGUCUCUCAAAGGGUUCUGGUUUGAUGUUUUUGUUAUACUUCCUGUCCCUCAGGCAGUAUUUUGGUUAAUGGUGCCGAAAUUGCUCAGAGAGGAGCGGUAUAAGCUAAUAAUGACGAUAAUUUUACUAAUUUUCUUGUUUCAAUUCCUCCCUAAGGUGUACCACAGCCUUUGUUUGAUGAGGAGAAUGAGGAAAGUUACAGGUUAUAUAUUUGGUUCCAUUUGGUGGGGUUUUGGCCUUAAUCUUAUUGCCUACUUAAUUGCAUCUCAUGUUGCUGGAGGAUGCUGGUAUGUCCUAGCGACACAACGCGUUGUCACGUGCCUCCGACAACAGUGUAAAAGAAGUGCUCAUUGCGACCUAUCUUCCUCUUGCUCAUCAAACAGGGUUUGCAGUCAAUAUCUGUCACCAACAAAUGUGUUAAAGAGUCAUUGUGAAGGGAACUCAACGAUAAUGACCAAGUCGUUUUGCUUUGAUCCUGAUGGACCAUUCCGUUAUGGGAUCUAUGAACCUGCCCUUCCAGUCAUUUCAAGCAAUUCUCUGGCGGUUAAGAUUCUUUAUCCCAUAUUUUGGGGUUUAUUGAACCUGAGCUCAUUUGGCAACGAGCUUAGCCCUACAAGUGACCCUCUAGAGGUAGUAUUCAGCAUUUGCAUCGUCCUCGGGGGCUUGCUCCUCUUCACCUUAUUGGUUGGGAAUAUUCAGGUAUUUUUACAUGUCGUUAUGGCAAACAGGAAAAAAUUGCAGUUAAGGCGUCGAGAUGUUGAAUGGUGGAUGAGAAGAAGGCAGUUGCCGUCUGGGUUAAGGCAACGAGUACGCCAUUUUGAAAGCCAAACAUGGGAUACCAUGGGAGGGGAAGAAGAGAUGAAAUGGAUUGAAGAGCUUCCAGAAGGGCUCCGAAGGGACAUUAAGCGCUAUCUUUGCCUCGACUUGAUCAAAAAGGUACCACUUUUCCAUAGCUUAGAUGAUCUUAUUCUUGACAACAUAUGCGAUCGAGUCAAGCCUCUUAUGUACUCUAAAGAUGAAAAGAUAAUAAGAGAAGGAGAUCCAGUGCCAAGGAUGGUGUUUAUUGUUCAUGGACACGUUAAACGUAGCCAAGGCCUCAGGAAAGGCAUGAUAACCACUGGUGUACUUGAACCUGGUGAAUUUCUAGGUGAUGAACUCCUUUCCUGGUGCCUUCGUCGCCCAUUUAUAGACCGUCUUCCAGCCUCAUCAGCAACAUUUUCCUGCAAUGAAUACACAGAGGCAUUUGGUCUCGAUGCAAACGAUCUUCGAUACAUUACUGAACACUUCAAGUACAGAUUUGCCAACAAUAGGCUCAAGAGAACAGCAAGAUACUACUCAUCGAAUUGGAGAACAUGGGCAGCUGUGAACAUACAAUUUGCUUGGCGCUGCUAUAGGAUGCGGACUAGAUCAGGUCCAUUGAUUCCAACGACAACAAAUGAAGCAAUUGAAGGUCGCCUUAGAAAAUAUGCUGCAAUGUUUAUGUCAUUAAGGCCACAUGACCACCUUGAAUAGAAGGCAAAAAUACUGUAAAUUUUGGUUCGUCCAACGCUCCCCACUCCCCCUCUUUUUACAAUAAAGUUUAGUUUGUGAACCUGAAUCAACCCUAUGAAAAUUUUGGAAGGUGAAAACUACAGUAUAGAGAAAAAUACAGUUUGAUAAGUGCUUAAUAACCUACACUUUUUGGGCGGUUUGGAAUGUUAUGGACUAGUAUCUUCCUUUCUGUAAUAAAGCUUUUUGCCAUUGUAGAAAUGUUGUGAU